AUGGCCAGUAUCACCAUCAUGGACCCGUACUCCAUCCUCGGCAUAUCGAAGCGGGCUACCGACGCGGAGAUCAGGUCCACCUACCUCAAGCUCUCUCGAAAGCACCAUCCCGACAAAGUAAGUGCUGAAGACAAGAUCAAGGCGAUCGAGAGGACAAAGAAGCUUAAUGAAGCAUAUGAUAGGUUGAAACCACAGAAUCGGCAAGCCAUACCGAGCCCUAUCGACUCCGAGGACUGCUUCGAACGCGCUCGACGGAACCAACAGUCUCGUACACAACCAUCACGUGAGCAGAUCUACCAGAAGUGGGAAGCAAACCAGGAGGCUUUUCGUCACGCGCGUCGCCAGACCCAUGACAAGGCCUAUUAG